AUGGCACCGGAAGUCGUGGAACGGACGCCAGGAGGUUACGAUGAGAUAGUCGAUUGGUGGAGUCUUGGUGUUAUUGCUUUUGAACUACUCACUGGUUGUUCUCCUUUCACAGUCGACGGACAUUCGAACACAAGCAAGGAUAUUGCAAAAAGGAUACUGACAAAACGCGUGCCAUUCCCACGAAAUUUUGACAAACUUGCAACGGACUUCAUCAGUCGUUUACUCGAGAAAUCAGCAAGACGUCGUUUAGGCCGAAAAGGUGUGGAAGAGAUCAAAAAACAUCCAUUUCUUGCUGACACUGAUUGGGAGAAAUGUGAGCUUCGUGAACUGGAACCACCAAUUAUUCCUGUAGUCGCGAGUGAGGUAAGAGUGCACAGAUAUAGCACCAACCUAAUCUAUAUGCAGUGA